AUUAUAACCCAGUGCCACAAUAAGUAUGGCUACCUUUGCAGGUCACUGGGAAGAAUGCGUUGUUAUAGCAACUCUAUAUUCUCGCGAUGAUAAAAAAUAAGAGGGUGUCGGCGACGGUUGUCACUAGUUACCACAGCCAUAAAAUAAAAAUGGUUUAUAUCGUCAAAAAUCAUGAAAACUAAAGCUUUUUGGUCCUAAUGUAAGGUUAGACAUAAAGUUGGCAGUGAGGCUAUAGUUAGGGUUAAGGGAUUAGGGUUAGAUUAAAAUCAGAUUUUAAGAGGAGGAAUUGUAGAAACGGGCGGGGUUUAUGACUUUGUGUCUCUGGUAAGUCGUGACGACUGUCGGCGACUGCUGCGUUUUUGCCGCUAGUCGCCUCCUGUACUUCAGUGGUCGCCACAGACACAACAGCGUGCGACGUCGGGGGGCAUGCCAAAUACUUUCAGCGGUGAAGUUAAGCGUGUUAAUGAGACAACCGAGAGUUUGGAGUACAGGAACAUUUGUAUCCUAAUCGGGAUUUUGUCUUUUUGAAUCAUAAAAGCAAAGGGCACAAAAUUAAGGUGCAUCCGCGUACCAACUAGUUCUGAUAAUUGACAACCACUCUCCAGUGAGUGACCUAGCGCUUGUGGAAAUGGCAGCUCCCCGGCCAAUAAAAGGUAUUCUGAAGAACAAGAACAGCGGGUCGGGCAUCAAAGUGGGCCCAGCCGAAGAAGUGCCAGUAGAGACUCCAGAACAAGGCGAUCCUGGACUUCUGGAAGAUGACCAACAGAAGAAGUCACAGAAAUGGGACGAGAUGAACAUCCUGGCCACGUACCACCCGGCAGACAAGGACUAUGGGUUGAUGAAGAUCGACGAGCCCAGCACGCCCUACAACAGGAUGGUGGGGGACGAGGAGGAUGAAGGGGCGCACAGCGACUCAGAGGUCAACUUGCCCACUGUGGGUGACCUGGCCUCCAAGUUGACAGCAGCAGAAGGAACAGAACCUCGCUUCAUGAGAGAGGAAGAGGAGGAGAGCAGUGAGGAAGAGGAUGAACUAACCCCAGAGGCUCAAGCGAAAAAGAAGCAGUUUGAAAUGAUGAGGAAGAUGCAUUACAACGAGGGCCUCAGCAUCAGGAUGGCCCGACAACUCAUAGCCAACGAACAGGCGGAAGAAGAGGAUGAGGAUGAGGAGAUGAAGGAGGACAUGGAAACAGAGGACUUUAUUGUAGAUCCCCCGCAUGACGCUCUGGAUUCCUAGAGGAGGAGGACACGCCACCUCUCCUGUCCCCAGCCUUUGUGUCUCGGCUCUCAUAAAACAUUCAAAAGAGACACUUUGCUACAUGUGCUGGGCCAUAGAGCAGGCCGCUUCAUAACCUCACCUCGAACCCCCCCCCCCCACACACACGUGUAUAUUUCCCAGAAACACUGCAAUGCAAAGCAUAUCGACCCUGCCGGUCACUUCUCCUCGUUGCGAAAGAGUCCCUCUCAAAAAGUUGCCGUCACUUCAAAGGAAACCAGACCUAUAGGAUCCGAGACCUAAAGACUGUUAUAACAGACUGUUAUUAUCAGUGAGGACUCCUGCCUCACUCCUUGCUCAAUCACUCACCUGCUCGCUCGCUAGCUGCAGUCUGUCUGUCUUUCUUUGUCCGACUGUCCUGGCUCCUCCUGAGCCCCUGGCAAAAGCUGUCGGAAACCCCACUUCGUAAAAAAGCAGCAGCACCCAUUGGAUGGAAGUGGUGGAUAAUUAUGAUGAUGAUGAUGAUGGUGGUAGGAGGAUUUUUUAUUUAUUUAUUUUUUUGUCUUUAGUUUCCCCUGUACCCGUACCUGUUUUUCUUUUUAAUUUGAACUAACUACCAACAUAACCGUCGUUGAAGAAACCUUGGUGAGAGAGCUUCUGUCCUGGGUUUUUGUCUGUCUUCUCCUCCGUUCCCCUGAUCUUGGAUGUAGGUUUGUUUGGUGUGGAGAUAGGAACAGCAAACUUAACAUUUACAACCAGCCCGCAAGGCACCUCGAUGUCCAAGGUGACCAGCAUUUCAGUCCUACAUAAUAUAUACACGCCCACUAUAGGAUAUUUGGUACAGAACACACAUGUCCACUGACUAAUGGGAAAAGAUAUGUUUCCAACAAGGUACCAUCUUAAUAGGGUGGCUACUGGAAUUGACAGCAAAACCAAUUUAUUCUCAUGCAAUAAAAUUACCAUUUUAUUAUGGAUUGCGUUGUGAUAAGUAACCAUAAAACAGCGUAAUAAUAACGGCAUUUCUCACAGGACAUCUGCAAAUUAAAAUGGAGAUGUCCAGGCUUGCCGUUAUACCAAUGGGACGCAGCUGUAUUGUGCAUGGCUACUAAAGCCUUGUGCUUAUCAGCACUCAUGCCAUGUUCGCUCACGAAGAUAAUAAGAAGGACAACGUUUGGGAAGGGAAGCUCCCAGAGAAGGGUUUGUACUACUGAUACGCAGGGGUGUAUUCACUAGUAACCAAACGGGCCAAAACAGCGAGGGACUGACUUGCAUUUUAUCCAAUAAGAAAUGCUUGUUUUCAUUGCAAAACAUUUUGCUACAGUGUACACUAAGGAAAAUACUCCAGGACUGUUUCCUGUACAAUGUCAAUAAUACUACUUAACAUCCUGCAGUAGAACUUUUGGGGGUUUAUGGGUUGAUUGGCUGCAUGAACGGAAAGAUUUCUGGCAUGUAGUUGAUAUUAUGUUCACUCUUACAUUCUGUAUGAAAGGUAUGGUAUUGUGAGGUUGUUGAUUUGAUUUUUAGUUUUUGCUUCCCGUUAACUUUUGUAAUCUGCUAGCUAGCUUGGCGGACAAAAUGAGUGAUAUCUGGGCAACCAAGACAGUUGGUUACUGUGUAUUUAUUGCCUCUAUGGCACAUCAAUCUACAUGAACCUCUGAGAACCACUGUUCUCCAGUGAUAAAUGAAGUCUUAAACAUUGAGUUUUGAUGUCCUCUUCCUGAAUGAGCACAUUUACAAAACAUUUUUUUUGUUUUAUCAGGGCAUGUAGAGGUGGUUUAUUUCAUCUCAGAACUAGACUACCAAGCCCUUUUAAUUCUGGGGACUGAAUGACCAUAUAAGCUAGGUGUCCAUCCAUUGGAUUCUGUCCUCACGAUUUCAAAAGCUCAGCAGUGCUGGAUUCCUUUUGAAAAUUACAGCAUCACAUCCACAGGAAACACUGAUUGAAACACUGACUGUUCCCACUAUCCUCCUUGCUCUUUGUUUUUUUUAAAUCUACUAUUAUCCAAAUAAUAAGGCAAGGCACAUAGGAGAAAAACAAACAAAGUCAAUAACAAUUAAGAGUUAUUACUAUGAAGAUAGUCUUUUUCUUCCAAUUUUCAGGACUUAAGACAAAAGGAUGAGGUUGUCUGUGAAUCAACUUGUAUGACAUUAAGCCGGGGUGGUUAUUACAAGGCAAAUGUGCCUAUAUGAUGUAUUUAUGUGUAUUGUGAAUGAAUAGGCUAUGCUCAUGUUCUUCCCUGUGCAGUUCAAGGCUUGGACUCUACUGGCUACUUGUUGUCUUGCUUAUAUUCCCCCAUAUUUUCAUUCUUUACGUUGGACAGUGGACUAACAUUCUGUCUCGUGAUAAUUUGUCCCCAAAUAAUGGACUUUUGAUUUUUUUUUUUUUUUUUUUUGUAUCUUUAAAUUUGCAAGUUCUUAAACAUAAGGAUGUGUGUAUUUUUGUCUCCCAUAAUUAAAAGAUGCUGUUUAUGAAG